AUGAAAGUUCAGAUUUUUACGUUGCAUCGUGGUAAUGACAGACAAAACAGCCACAUGACUUCAAUAGACGACAAGAGUGCUCCGGUAAAGGAGGAACUUGAAAGUGCUUCAGUUGAUGUUGAACCAGAAAUAUCCGAGGAGCAUAAACAAUAUCUUAUUGCUAAACAUGGGACUUACCAUUUAUCACCAUUACCAACAAUGAACGAUAAUGAUCCAUUGAAUUGGUCAAAUGGAAUGAAGUUUUUACAAUUGGGAAUGGUUGCCUUUCAUGGAUUCAUGACCACCUUCUUGACAACGGGUUUAGUCCCAGUUGCAGGAGUGUAUGCUCAAAAAUUCAAUAUGCCAACUUCACGUAUAGCUUAUUUGAUUUCAGUGCAAAUCUUAGUAGUUGGUGUGUUCCCGAUAGUUUGGGUACCAUUUAUGGACCGGUAUGGAAAGAGACUACUUUUAAUCAUUUCCACUGUGGGAAGUAUGGCUUUCUCAUUAGGAAGUGUCUUUUGCAACACUUAUGGCUCAAUGAUGGCAAUGAGGAUAAUGCAGUCAGUAUUCAUCUCCCCUGGUAUUGCUGUUGGUGGUUCGAUAGUAAAUGAAACCACAUUUAGUCAUCAGAGAGGAUCCAGGAGUGGGAUAUGGGCGAUUUCAGUAAAUUUGGGUACGAUGGUUGGUGCAUUUUUGAUGGGGUUUGUUGCUGGGCAUCAAGAUGCCAAAUAUAUCCACGUGGUGUUUACAUGUAUCAACUUUGGACAAGCCGUCUGCUAUGUGUUUCUUGGGAAGGAGUCACUGUACAACUACAAUGAUCUAACACGAAAUGAACCAAACAGAUUCAAACAAUUGCGAUUCAAAACCAUCUUUCCCGAGAAUCGCAUAACCUUGAAAAGAAUUGUUUACCCAUUAAAAUUUUUUGGCAACUUGAAAAUCUUUAUUCCAACCUUUGCAUAUUCAGUUUGUUUUCUUCAAGCAAAUAUUGCCAUGAAUAUUGAAAUUCCAGAGGUUAUGGUUGCAAAAUUUGCUUUAGGUCCGCAAGCAUUAGGGUUACAAUUCAUCUCCUUUAUUAUCGGUACAGCCAUCGGUGAAGUUGGUGGAUACAUGUCUGAUCGGUUAGUUGCUUGGGGUCAGAAAAACGGUAAAGGUCCAUCGUUUAGAUUGUGGUUGACGUAUCCAGGAUUUAUUGCAUGUUGUGUUGGGUUAAUCAUAUUUGGUGUACAGAUUGAACAUGCUAAAACGUGGAAUGUUACACCCUUGGUUGGGUGUGCGUUUGCUUCUUUUGGUUUACAAAUCAUGACUUCGCCAAUUAUUGCAUUCUGUAUUGAUAUGGAUCAUAAGGAUGCUUCCGCAAUUGUUGUAUUCAUCACUGCGGUGAGACAGGUGCUUGCAUUUAUUGGCCCUUUUUACUUCCCACACAUGUAUUCGGAUUUGGGCUUUGCCAAAUCGUAUGGCAUUAUGGCUUCACUUAUUGGUGCCUUGUCGCUUAUACCUAUGUUUAUUUUACACUAUUUAGCUGCAAGUAAAGGAAAGUAA